GGGUUGAUCGCCGGAUGAAUUACUGGGGGACUUGGUUAGACAUCUCGACGAGAAACAUCGCCUCCGACAUCGAAGUCAGGCAUGGCGUUUCCCCACUGGGAUCCGGUAUACCGACGAGAGUAGAAUGAACAAUACACGGGUCGUUGGUUAGGGGAAGAUACUGAGAUGCAUGACAGCGACUAUCGCUGCAGAUUGGUAGCACUGCCUCCCCUGUCGCCGAUGACUACCCUUCACCCAUUUAACUCUCAACUGACGCUCGUGGACCCGAACGGCGGUGCACCGGAAGGCGCCACAGCUUCUGUCGUAAUCGACUUCGCCAAGGACGAUAUGAAAAAUUCGACGGCCUCAUUUCGCGAUGCAAAGCCGGAGGACCCGAUCUACGCCGUGAAGACAAAACUCACCGCCAAGGGCGACGGAGCGACGUCCGUUUGGCGCAACGGUGUCCUCAUCGCUGAAGUAGAUAGGCGCGACAUUUUGCCAGAUGAGAUCACAUGCUGGUUCGGCGAAGACGACGACGGCAGAGAAAAGUCCGAUGUUGACGCGGCUACGGUGCGAGAGGGGGCUGAAGAGCCAAAGCGGAGCGGAGGCAGAAAGAUGAGGCUCGCGAAAUGGUUGAAGGGGCCGAUGAACCCACUUGCCCCAUUGUGAGUAUUUUUCUCGUCAAUCAGCAUCCGCCUUUGGCUGAGGAGACGGCUCAAUAGCCCAGUCGUGAUGGAAGAAGGCGGCAAGAAGUACGAAUGGCGCGAGAGUAUCGUCGGGCAGAUCGGAUUUACGCGAUUCAACAAAUUAUGCAGCUCUACGAAGCCAAGGCACCCGAUACCGCCCCGAUAGCUUGGUUCCAAGGAUCUCUCAGUCGGGUCGUUGACGGCCAGCGCGUCGUGUACGGAGCGUACCUCGCCCUCACGUCAGCUGCAGAGGAUAUGGUUGAUGCGGUGUUCGUUUCGGCG